GAUUAUGGUGUUACACCAAAAUACGUAACACGGAGAAAUGAAGAAAUGAAGAGAGCUGAGAAAGAAUAUGAGGCUGCUGUCCUGGAGCAUCUCAAGAAAAGAGCCAUGAAACGGCUAUCUGAUGAAGAAAGGAGCAGUCUUCUGCAGGGGCUGAAAAAGAACUGGGACGAAGUGUAUCGAGAAUUUCAGGGUCUUUCGGUAGAAAUAGACACCAUACCCAAGAGGAUGUAUAAAGAAAAGCUGGAAUCACAGAUGAGACAACUGGAGCAUGACAUAGAAGUAAUUGAGAAGCACAAAGUUAUCUACAUUGCAAAUGAGUAA